AGUAAGGGCGAUCGUCGGAGGGGGGAGGAGGGGCCUCACGUAAGAGAGAACGAUGUCGGGUAUGGGGGAUGGGUACGUGGGCACCGCCCAGGACGCGGUGCGGAUACGGCGGCUGGAGAAGCAGCGGGAGGUUGAGCGCCGGAAGCUCGAGGAGCGGAAGAAGAACGCCUCCGCCGGCGGCCAGUCCGGUCUCCUCCAGUUCGGCUCCGGCACCUCGGAGAUUCUGGAGACUGCAUUUAAGAAGGAAACAAUUGGUCUAGUAACCAGAGAACAAUAUGUUGAGAAGAGGGUCAAUAUACGUAACAAAAUCGAGGAGGAAGAGAAGGAGAAGCUUCAAAAGAUGCAGCAAGAGGAGGAAGAACUUCAGAUGCAAAAACGGAAAAAGAGGAGGGUAAAGGGAGAUUCACGUUUGUCCUUCUUCGAUGAAAUUGAUAAUGGGAGUGAUGAGGAAGACAUGGAAAAUAAAGAGAAUCAUGAUAAAAGGAAGUUUGGUUAUGGGAAUCUUGGGAAGGACCCAACUGUUGAAACAAGCUUUCUGCCCGAUAGGGAGAGAGAAGCAGAGGAACAAGCAGAACGGGAACGAUUACGGCGGCAGUGGCUGCAUGAGCAGGAAUUAAUUAAAAAUGAGCCUCUAGAAAUCACAUAUAGUUACUGGGAUGGUGCAGGGCACAGAAGGAUUAUCCAGGUUCGCAAAGGUGACACUAUCGGAGAAUUUCUCCGAGCUGUUCAGCAGCAACUUGCACCAGAGUUUCGAGAGAUUCGAACAACAUCAGUGGAGAACCUUCUUUAUGUAAAAGAAGACCUGAUCAUACCUCAUCAACACAGUUUUUAUGAGUUAAUUAUCAACAAAGCAAGGGGCAAAAGUGGACCGCUUUUUCACUUUGAUGUUCAUGAGGAUGUUCGAACCAUUGCUGAUGCAACCAUCGAGAAAGAUGAGUCGCAUGCUGGAAAAGUUGUCGAGAGACAUUGGUACGAGAAGAAUAAGCAUAUCUUCCCUGCAUCGAGAUGGGAGAUAUAUGAUCCUAGCAAAAAAUGGGAGCGGUAUACCAUCCAUGGAGACUAAGCUGUAAAUUGGAUUCGGAUGCUGUGUGCUUUCACCCUAUCUAUCUUUGACGCAACACUUGGAAUCCCUUCUGUGUUGUUGACGUAUUACCAACUCGGAACUGUGUCAAAUCUGAAGCUAUGUUAGACUUAGGUUCUUCGGAACUCUAAGAUUUUUCAGAUAUUGUUGCUUGUCCCUAGUGUGGAAUUCUUGUGAUUGUGCUUGAAUUCUUUGGAACUCUAUGAACCAAAAGUAUGCAUUUGAUACGA